GACACCGAUAAGUCAAUAUUAAAUAUUUUUUCGCAUUUGCAGACAAAAAUGUGAAUAUUUGACGAAAAUAUGGUAGAAACUUACAAUCUAGUUUAAAAAAAGAACGCGUACGUGUUCUUGAAAAAACCCGUUGACGACCCUAUGACGUAACGUCGCGGGCUAUUUGGAUACUUUGUGAUUCCGCGUUAGUGACUUGUCAUAUUAGCUAGCUACAUUAGCUAGGUUAUUCUUGUCAUUUCCAAUAAACAUGAAAAUGGAGACCACUAUAAUCGCCGAUGCCAACAAGUUUAUUAAUUUUCUUUUGAAUUGUCCAAAUGAAUGCAAAAGCCCUGUGGAAUACGAGGGGGCUAUUCAAAUCCAUAAAGUGAAAACGGGAGUUGACAUCCCCCUUCUGAACAUAUGCAGUGACAACCAGCCGGCAUUCAUCUGCGAGAAAUAUAUUCCCAAAUUUCCCAUCGAAGUGGAAAAUGAGGAUUCCCUCACCAAUGAAACGGCAGAUCUUAUGCAGGAAGAUCCAGGUCCUCUGGGUGUCAGCGUUAUGAAAGCAAGACAGCUGCUCUCCUGGUACGCAGUGUGUCAGAACCCCAGCAUGUCUAAGGGGGCGCGAACGGCAGCCUUGAGCCCCCUGUGGGUGCGCUGUGACAUGGCGGACAGCGAGGGAACGGCCUGGCUGGGGGCAGAGACCAUUCACACCGGCGACAAAUCCGCCGCCAUCAAGCUCCACACCGUGAACUGCAAAGCCCCAACUGUGGCAAAGGUCCCAUCUAUCACCCUGGAGGAACUGAAACAAAUGCACAAGAGACGACACCAUUCCUCUUCCGUGGUGACCCGUGGUUCUGCGCUGUAUAACCUGUUUGGUUCCACGGUGGUGGAGAACACUGUCAUCGAGUCCCAGAGCAGUGUGACCGUGGACUUCAGAUGGAACAAUGUGGAGAGCCUGCUGCAGACUCCGCCUCUCUCCUCCACAGCCACCCUGAACAUCAAGGUGGCUAAUGGAGACAUGAGGAGUCCCAUGUAUUCACUGUUCAAGGAGCUGGAGUUCAUCCAGAUUUUGGCGGAGGGUUUAAGGACAGGUGAGACGGAGUGGCUCGAGCCGUUGGAGACGAGGUCCGCAGUGGAGCUCACCAAGGAGCUGAUCCAGGAUCUGCAGAACAAGAUGAUGGUGGAGCCGCAUCAGCCAGCGAAGGAGAGCGAGGCUCAGAAGGGGGCGACCGAGUCCUCAUCGUUGGCCGAGAGCUCCAUGUAUAACACCAUGCUGACGGAAAGAGGUGACCUGGACUUCACCGAGCAGCUGUGGCUGAGGAUGAGGAAGAGCGUGACUUCACAUCAAGACAUUGUGGACUGCCUGAAGAUUGUCAUCAAGGCCUUGAAAUACGGGGAUAUUAAACCCUGGGUUCACAGAGACAGCAGCAGCUCUCUCAGUAAGCUGAUCUUGCAGUCCUACCACCAGCAGAUGGAACCGGUGAGUCUGACUGGCCUCACCCCAGUGCACAUGCUCCUGGAGAUCGGCCUGGACAAGAUGAAGAAGGACUACAUCAACUACCUCAUCGGUCAGGAGCUGACCACAUUGAACCACCUGAGCUACUACCUGAGCACGGAGGCGGACCUGCAGGAGCAGGUGGUGCGGGCGAAGAAACUGCACCACCUGCUGGAGAUCGUGGUGACGUGCAGCACGUUCCUGAGCCUGGCCUACGAGCAGCUGUUCCUCCUGACGCAGUCAUGUCUGCAGUAUUACCGCACAUGCUCCUACGACGAGGACCACGAGUUCCAGCUGCAGAUCCGGCCGGCUGUGAUCAGCAGCUUCUACCAGAAAGAACACCCCAUCACUUGGUCGGUAGAAAUAUCUAGCGGUCAAGGCAAGAGGGAGGUGAGGACGUCCUGGCAGCUGAGUGACAAACCGCCGGUGGAUCAUGUGACUUUUGACAUGGCAGAUUUUCCUCUGGAGACCACGCUGAACGGUGAGGGAGAGGAGCCUGCGUACUUCACCACCAGCGUCAGCUGCAGCCUGGUCAACUUCAGCUGAGCUCCGCCCCAUGGAUACACCAUUAUUAUUCUGGAUGCCUAUAUUACAUCUCCUUUUCUUGAAUUUCUUACCCUCCUUGGAAAAAAAAUACCACACACACAUGAUGCACCCUGGAAUGUCAACCUUGUGAAUUCGGAUGUUGGUUGGGAAGCCUGUUCCAGGGCCCAAAUACGGCACGCUUUUCAAGGACAGUACCAGGAGUCAGCCGGCUGUCCCCUCCUCCCGAUUAUGCAGCCUUGCCUUUUCUCCAAAACGCGUACGCGCUCUGAUAAUCCUGGAUCUGGGACGGGGCGUGGGAGGAGGCACUGUGUCUGGAUUUUAAGAAGAAUGGGCAGCAUUGAGGAGCUCUCGGCAUGUGAAAGUCCCGGGUUGCUUGUCUUCAUUGUACGGGAUAGGAUAGGGGACGGGGUUGGGUCACAGGCAGUGCUGGGGGGGCGUGCUUGGAGUAAGCAGCUUAAAUGCAUGUAUUUUAAGUUGAAAGUUGAGAAUUCAGACCACAUGACCCAGUUUGGUAUUUUGCAGAAAUGUAACAGUAAGAAAAAGUGCCACACCACCCUGGACUCAAAAAAGGAAAAAGAAAUGAACAGCAGGUCUAUGGCUGCCAUACCUUCUUAUGGAAGCUACAGCAUGUAUAUGUAUGGUCACCUUUAAAAUCUGCAUUUUUCCUCUUACUAAUAAAAAUAAUCUG